AUGAAUGAAUGGACGGACCGGAGCGCAGCUCUUGGAAAGACUGAACUGACGCAGAGGCCCAGACCGCACGAUCGCUCGCUUCAAGAGGCGAUGAUGUGUCGUCAGCGAUGGCAGGACGGUGGUGAGGAGGGAAAAGAGAGAGAAGGGAAGAGGCGAGAAGCGAGCGAGCGACAGCUGGGGAUUAACCUAGACGGACGGGCGAGCCAGGGUCCCGGGGCACGCAGGUACCUGUACUUGCGCGACGCCGGGGGCCUGGCAAGCGCCCAACGCUGCGCCGAAUCAAAACGGCCGCUGGGCGCUCCACUGGCUGCCACAGGUAAGCAGCUUGGCCACUAG